CAAAACAAAAUUUGAUAAAUAAAAAUUUAUUGUGACGUUUUCAUAUUUUUUUUGUGGUCGUAAAAUCUUCAGUUAAACAUUUCGUUCGCAAUUCUUCAGUAAAUUCAUUGUGAUUUAAAAUGGCCUGUGGUGAUUUAGUCUCCCAAAUAAAAAAUUUGCUUGACCAAUAUGAAAAUGGUGGAGGUUCUGUAGAGUGUCCGCCCACUACUGAACCAUGUGUUACAUGCUGUAUGGUUUGUCCACCGCCAAUAAUGGCACCAACGGUACCCCAGCCUGUAAAACCCCUGCAACUGCCAUGUCCGGUUUCUGCUCAAGAUGGGCCACACAUAUCUGAAGAAGAGGCGGAACGAACAAGAUACGCGAAUUUUUAUAACAAUUAUAACAUAGACUGGCACGCGGAGAGUAGAAACGCUUCUCGAGCCUGUCCAGAUCCACGAACUGAGCGAUGUACAGGUGUAACCACCGACGGCAAAAACCCUUGUUGUCCAGACAAAAAGAAACCAGUCGAAGAAGAUAAGGGUUGUCCAACAGGAUUUAAACCAUGUACAAUGAAAUUAUCCCCUCCAAAUGACUGUCAUCCAUGUGGAGUAUGGUGUGCUGAGGUACAGCCUUGUCCACCAAAACCAAAGAAAAAAGUAAGUAGAUAUCAACCAGGACCUUGUAAAAGGCCCUGUUGUAAACACUGGAAACCCAAAGAUGGAGAAUGCCAAUAUGACGAUCCCUGUAAAGCACACUGUUUUAAUCACCCAAUCGGCAUAAAACCUAAAAAGCGUUUUUAAUUCAGCAAGCGCUUAUGUCCUAUUUUCUUUGUUUUAGAAACAAGGAGGCAUUUGUUAGUAUUAGAGAGAUUUCUAAUAUUCAUCAACACGCGAAGUCGAUAGUUCAUAUCUACAUUUUAUAAUCUUAAAGGUCAUAUAUAACAUUUUAUUUGUAAAAAUCAGGAAAUACACAUUUUUCAACUA